GGACUCCGUGCAGAAGCCAGCUGCUCCAGCCAACAGCACAAGAUGAAGCCCUGCCUACCCUUCCUAGGAGCACUUCUGUUCCUCCUCGGCCCAGCUGCAGAGGCUUUGGUGACCACUAGUCCCACCCCCACCCCCUUGCCGGUCACUGACACUGGCUCCACCAUCAGCUUCGGUGCCGGUGCCUCCAGCUCCAGGCAGAGCGGAGGCUUCAGCUCAGGCGGAGGCAGAGGCGGAGGCGGAGGCUCUCGCUCUGGCUCUGGGUCCCAGUUUUCCAAUUUCACCGGCUCCAAGGAUGAUCGCGGGACCUGCGUGUGCUCGGUCGCCCUGCCAGACACCACAUUUCCCGUGGACAGAAUGGAACACCUGGAAGUCACAGCACGCAUCCUCUCCCAGAGGUUCGAGAGAGAACUUUCUAAAGUCAAGGAGUAUGUCCAGUUAAUCAGUAUUUAUGAAAGGAAACUCUCAAACCUCACUGUCCGAGUAGAGAUCAUGGAAAAGGAUUCUAUUUCUUACACUGAAUUGGACUUUGAACUGAUCAAGAUAGAAGUGAAGGAGAUGGAGAAGCUGAUCAUCCGGCUGAAGGACACUUUUGGUGGAAGCUCAGUAAUUGUUGACCAGCUAGCAAUAGAGAUAAGGAAUAUGACUCUCCUGGUAGAGAAGCUGGAGACACUGGACAAAAACAAUGUCCUUAGCAUUCGCCGGGAAAUCGCGGUGCUGAAGAACAAGCUGAAGGAAUGUGAAGACUCUAAAGAUGUACACAUCCCUGUCGCCCCCCCUCCUCCUGCUCCAGGGACGUGUGAUCACGGUGGUGUGGUGAACAUCAGCAAACCUGUUAUAGUUCAGCUCAACUGGAGAGGGUUUGCUUACAAGUAUGGUGCCUGGGGUCGGGAUUAUUCUCCUGAGAAUCCAGACAAAGGGCUGUAUUGGGUGGCACCUUUGAAUACAGAUGGGAGAAUCUUAGAAUAUUACAGACUCCACAACACACUGGAUGAUCUGCUAUUGUAUACAAACCCCCGAGAGUACCGGAUUCUGUAUGGUCAAGGUAGUGGGACAGCAGUUUACAAAAACAACAUGUAUAUCAACUGGUACAACACCCGCAAUAUUGCCAAAGUUAACCUGACCACCAACACGGUUGCUGUGACUCAAGCUCUCCCUAAUGCUGCUUUUAAUAACCGCUUUUCAUAUGCUAACGUUGGUUGGCAAGAUAUUGAUCUGGCUGUAGAUGAGAAUGGGUUGUGGGUGAUCUAUUCAACGGAAGCCAGCACUGGUAACAUCGUGAUUAGUAAGCUCAAUGACACCACACUUACAGUGCUAGAAACUUGGCAGACCAAGCAGUAUAAGCCAUCUGUUUCUAACGCCUUCAUGGUUUGUGGGGUUCUGUAUGCCACCCGUACUCUGAACACAAGAACAGAGGAGAUUUUCUACUACUUUGACACAAACACAGGCAGGGAGGGCAACCUGAACAUUGCCAUGCCCAAGAUGCAGGAAAAAGUGCAGAGCAUUAAUUAUCACCCUUUCGAACGGAAACUUUUUGUCUAUAAUGAUGGUUACCUUCUGAAUUAUGAUCUUAUCUUUGACCAGGUAUUAACUAUUUAGGUAUUAGGGCAAGAGAGAAGUAAAAUAUUAGUUGAAAAAAUACUAUUUUCUACUUGUUUAGAUACCUGCAAGGGGAUCAAAAGUAUAUUUUCUUAGUAGUAGUAUUCUCAUAGUUCUACCACACUAGAGACUUAAAAUAUUUGCCCUGAUUUGUCUGCCUCAUAGGAUGCAUUUCCCUCCUGAAAUAAGGUUCUUCCAGGGUGGGUUGUCAGGGGUCUAGGGACAGUAUGGACCCCCAAUAAAGCCUUCAGUGAGGUGACAUCUGGAAAUGAUAGAACUUAAAGAGGACUCUGCAUGGUUUUGGGGGGUUCUUGGAAUAGCAGAGAGACUCAGUGACCAGUCUCCUCUAUGUAGCCCAAAUAAUUCUUCCAUACCUGACAAAAACCUAACUAUGCAGAAUAAUACCUGAAGCUCCUUGCAGAACCAAAUCUCUAACUUUGUUUUCCUGCUUAAACCUGAAAGAGUGUUUUGUAUGUAGAGGAUAAGUAAAUUUAGCGUGCUUAUAUUUUAUCCACAAAACCCUCUGAGUUUUCUGGAGAAAAGCCUUUUUGCAUAUUGAAGCAUACACUGAAAACCAACCCCGUGUGGAUCUGCAGAAAGGCUCUGGGUUAUUUCCCCCCAUUGUCUACUUAUAUGAAGUAGAACCCAAAGACUGGAAAAAUAUUUGCCAACCAAUUAUUGUUCCCCACCCCAUCUUUCUACAUCUUAUUUUUAAAAUAAAAAUUAAUUAGUUUUUUUUUAUAUAUCAGAUAUGAGAUAAAAUUACCCUUUUCCCCCUCAUCAUGAAUGUUUACUUACAUGACUCUAAGGCUGUAAGAAAACCAGGUGGCAGAGAUAAAAUGGCAGCAUGUCUGGUAAUAUAACAAAGCCCAUGGAGCAUAUGUGAUUUGUGUAUGAAGUCAUAUCAAUUGUUUCAUGCAAUUUUUGUCUUUGUUUAAGACUGAAACUUGUAAGAAAGUAAUUUUUUUUUUUGGGGGGGGAGAAGAAAUAUAGAAAACCAGCUUCAAGUACAUCUUCAAUCAAUGUAGUUUGAAAUCUUUGUGGGUAUAUGUGCUUCUGCGCUUUUGGAGGCUUUAUCAUCUGGUCUUGGUAUAUUUGCCCCUAAUGUUCAUGAGUUCUGCACUAUAGAACUGGCUCCUUCAAUGCUGUACUCUUCUUUUUUAAAUAAAUGAUUAGCAUGUGCUUUGAAAAAAAA